AUGAUAAAAGCGGAAAGGAGGCUGCUGGCAACGUUAGGAUUUGUCGUUCACGUGAAGCAUCCGCAUAAGUUGAUAUGUGCAUAUUGUUAUGUUUUACGUGCGCAUCAUCGUACUGACCUUAUCCAGAGAGCAUGGACGUAUAUGAACGAUGGAUUGAGAACGGACAUGUUUGUGCGGUAUUCACCAGAGACUAUUGCGUGCGCUUGUAUUUUUCUAGCUUCUCGAACAGUUCAGCCACAAGUACCGCUCCCUGACAAACCUAGGAAUUGGUAUGAGCUUUUUGAUGCGUCAGAUACUGAUGUACACACGAUAGCUAUGAUGCUCUUGAAUAUGUAUGCCAACCAAAAGGCUGUCAGCUGGAGAGAAAUGGACGAAAAAAUCGAGAAAUUGCGGUCAAAGAUUGAGGCUGAACAGAAGGCUGCGAAAGCACAACUUGUCGCUCAGAAGCUCGCCGUCGAAAAGAAGAAAGCUGAUGAAGACUCCGAUCGAGAAGAUGUGAAGAAACGUCGAGGUAAAAGCCGUAGCCGAUCACGUACAAAGUCUCGAUCAAGGAGUCCAAGACGGACCAAGUACUCGCCUAUUAGACGAAGGCGUGAUUCACCUGAGAAAAAUGGAAGGAAUAAAGGUCGAGGGGGAAAAGGUGGCCGGGAGGAUAGACGUGACAGAGAAAGACGAGAUGAAAGACGGGAAGACAAGCGGAGGCGAAGUAGGAGCCGAAGUAAAAGCCGAGAUCGAUAUUCAGAUCGCGACCGGGUAAAGGAACGAAGCAAGAUUCGAGAACGAGAGGUUUAUCAGUCGCUUGGUAAACGA